ACAACAACUGGACCUGUAACAACAACUGGGCCAGUUACAACAACUGGACCACAAACAACCACUGGACCAGUUACAACAACUCUGCCUGAAACAACUGCACCAGGAACAACUGUUGUUACUACAGUAACUGUUACAGGUUCAACAAUUACGCUAAUUCCAACAACUACGUCCCGCCCAACAACAACGCCUGGCCAGUGUAGAGUGACCGUUGAAGACAUAAAGACACAGCUCGCACUCGACGAUAUGUUCACAACUGGUACCUAUAUUGGACACAUCAACAAAGAUGAUGAUGACACGACAACUUCUAGUGAUGAAUGGGUCCAAGAAGGAGAAACGCUAGAAGAGGGCGUAGAUGUCUUUAUUAAUAACACUUGCGGCGUAUGCAAAUGUAUGGCAAACGGAGAACUAAACUGUACUUAUGAUAAUACCUGUUCUGAGGAUUGCGUAUGGGGAACGUGGAGUCAAUGGGACGAGUGCUCAAAGACGUGUGACGUUGGACAGAGAACACGCACAAGGCAAAUUGCAAAAGAAGCUGGACCCAAUGGUCAAGAGUGUGAAGGCAAAUAUACGGAAGUCGAAGAUUGUAACACUAACAAAUGUGAAAUUGAUUGUACAUGGUCCCAAUGGUCCCAAUAUGGAGAAUGUUCUCAAACAUGUGGCGGAGUGAGAACAAGGACUCGAUUUGUCGAAGUAGAAGCACAAUAUGGAGGAGUAUGUGAUGGAAAGGAGGUUGAACAAGACCCAUGUGAAAACACAUGUGAAGAAUGUGAGCCACCUUUCAUUUAUGAUGACUGUAGCGAUAAUGUAACAAGAGCCAAUAUAGCAACGUGUGAGUGCAUGGACACAGAGAAAUGUGAACUUAUAGCUUCAGAUGAAUGUACACCAGCAUGUGUAUGCCCAGUGGGUAUGGUUCUUAUAAACGGCACUUGUGAAGACGCUGACCAGUGUGGAUGUGUGGUUGGAAACAUCACUUAUAACCAUGACGAUGUAUGGAACAACACUGCUGAAUGCGAGGAAUGUCGCUGUGAAUAUGGUGUUACUAAAUGCACUCCCUACGAAUGUGAUGUCGACUGUGUUUGGGGAGAGUGGACCGAGUAUGGUGUUUGUGAUGCAACAUGUGGCGGAGGAGAACAGGAGAGAUACAGAGAGAUUGUAGUUGAAAAACAAGGCAAUGGCAAGCAAUGUGUUGGAAACAAUACUGAAGUACAGCCAUGUAAUACAGAUUGUUGCGCCACGUGCACACACAGAGGCAUUGACUAUGCCGAUGAUGAAACUUGGACAGACAGUAACGACGCCUGCAAAAUAUGCUCAUGUGGCUGCGAUGGAACAGUUACCUGUGUUGAUAAAGAAGGAUGCGAGAAGCAAUCCACAUGUCAACUGAAAACUGAAACGAAGAACAUCACUGUUGGGGACUGCGUAUCCGUUGGUGAGGUGACACGCACUUUCUGCGGAGGAAGUUGUGCCAGUAUGCAAAACCCAUUCUUUGAGAAUUUAGAUGGUCAAGUCGUUACAGGAACAGGGGAACAAGACUGUAAAUGUUGCACCGGUAAUCCAGGCAGUAUUGUAGAAGUAGAGUUCAAAUGUGCUGAAACGCUAGUCCCAGUAAUGAUGAAGAUGGUGAACUUUGCGUCUUGCGCAUGCAACCAAUGUAUAGGUUGAGCUGACUGAUACACAAAUACGGAAACUACCGACCAGCCGCGAUCAAACAAUGGACAUUGAAUUAUGGACUAAUAGUUUAUAUAGAAAUCUUAAAUAUAUAUUUUAUCAUAAACAGUUGAUCUGCUCAAAAUUACAUCAAGCCAUUAUUAACACACAUAUUACCAUGACACAAGCGAGGUACUUAUAAUGCUCAGUUAAUGAUAAUUCAAAAAAGUGAUAAUUCAUGGUGACAAAGUGUGAAUUCAUGGUGACAACGUGUGAAUUAGAUUUUAUUUUUAAUACAUUUAUUUCAGGUUACAAUUGUUAAAAUAUAAUAUAUUUUCAAUAAACAAACAUGUACACAUUCGCCUUUUAGUAAGUAGAAUAAAUCUAUUGCAAAUUAAAUAAAAAA